AUGCCGCUGGGACUAAAGACACUCGUCGUGGAGCCAGGUCGCUUUCACACCAAGCUUCUAUCAACAUCAAACCUUUAUGUCAGAGGAGCCCACUCCAAGAUCCCAGAGUACUCGCUUUUCUACGACCAGGUAUUGCCCAACAUUUCAGCCACGAGCGGCACACAGUUUGGCGAUCCGAGGAACUUUGUCUCUAUUGUGCUUAACCCGGUCUGUGGGGAGGGCGUGGCUAAAGAUAAGAACGUCUCGCUAGGGGUUUUGCUGGGAGAGGAUGCUUGGAGUGAGGUUGGAGGCAAGUUGAAGGGCACGAUGAAGGAUUAUCAGGAGUGGGAAGAGAUCAUACGAAGCACGUUUCGAUUUGUAAGAUGA